AUGGAAGUAUUUACUGGUGUCUCCUUAUUUCCCAGACUUUACUACCUCCCCUGUUUUCCACCUUUAAACGACAACGGACGUUUCAACAUCCAAAAGCAUGGUACAAUUCGACGAUAUAGCCUUUAAUAUUGCAGCUUUCAUCAGUGGACUCUUUGUCCUUGAAUUCGGCGCUGACAAGUUCAUUGAUAAUGCCGCCAAAGUGGCAGCUCGAUUGAAUAUAUCACCAACAUUGAUUGCCUUGCUUACAUCAGGGGCGGAAUGGGAAGAAGUAUGCCAAAAUAUCUAUUCGAUGAUAGUAUGAGAAUACUGACAUGGAUAGCUCAUCGUGGUUAUAGCCGCCAUCUCACAGCAUCAGUCUUCACUCGGGUUUGGCAACAUCGUCGGAUCAUCCAUCUCAAAUAUCCUAGGUGCUUUUUCCCUCGGUCUCAUCUUCUCUCCUAGCCCUAAUACUUUCGAUAAGAGUUCAAGGAUUUAUACCACUAUUCUUCUUGUCAUUACUACACUCUUUUCGGUAUUUGUCCUUUCCUUCGAAUCUAUGGGGAAAGUAGUAGGAGCGAUGCUUAUCGCUGCUUUUGGUAUAUAUGUUGCCUCCAUAGCACAUACAAUAUAUAAAGGCAUUAUGGCAGAGCCGGAGAUUGACUCGGAUAGUGAUAGUGACACUUCUUCCGAUGAGGGAGAUUUUAAUGAGACUCCUUCUGAAAAGUCACGUUCUUCCAUACGCUCAGGUAGCACUAGAUUGCAAACCAUGUCACAGAAUCACGAUGAUUAUGAAAAUCUUCCACGGCGAGAACUUUCUGGCGAGGAAAACAACGAGGAAAUCAGCCUGGAAAAUAAUCAUAAAAGUCAACGGAGAAUACCCCGUUCGACUCUGUACCAUAGCGUUCACCUCAUAUUAGGUCUUCUUGCUCUUUCCCUCUCCGGAUACAUUCUAUCUCAUAGUCUUACGUCUCUCGCAACGUCACUUUCCCUAUCUACUAAUGUUCUUGGCACCACCCUUCUUUCCAUCGCGACGACUCUUCCAGAAAAGCUUGUCGCCAUACUCUCCGGGAAGAGAGGGCAAGGGGGAAUCAUCGUAGCGAACACAACCGGUUCAAACAUCUUUCUAUUAACACUUUGUGCAGGCGUUUUGUUUCUUGCUGGUGAUUUAGAGGCUUUGAAAGAGAGCGUGGGGAUUUUUGAAGUGGCUUGUAUGUGGGGUUCUAGUUUAAUACUUUGCGGAGUUGUAUUCGUGGGGGGUCGAAGAUGGAUGGGUUGGGGAUUGGCGGGCUUAUAUUUGGCGUUUUUGGUGGGCGAGUUCUUGAUGGUUCGGAUAUGAUAUUCAUUUAUACGAAAUCAACGCUAUAACAUCUGCUGUUGGGCGAAGACAACUGUAGGCAGGCCUAAAUGCUAUUUUGAUAACAAAUGAUAGAAUUUUCGGCACGAGAUGGAUAGACGGGUGGGAGUGGAAGUCUACUUCUGCCUGAAGAAACGGCACAAUGUUUACAUAUUUCUUCGCCUUAGUCACAUUACAAGGAAGCCAUAU